AUGUCGGCCACAAAAGCCGCCAGAAUAGGAGAAGAGACGAAGGUUGACAAGGUGAAUGCGGAACUGGUCACUCUGACAUACGGCACCAUUGUCGCGCAGCUCUGCAACGACUAUGACCAUGACUACAUCGAGGUCAACCGGCAACUAGACAAGAUGGGAUAUAAUAUCGGAAUGCGCCUGAUUGAAGAUUUUCUCGCAAAGUCGAGCGUGGGGAGAUGUUCAAAUUUUAAAGAGACCGCAGAUAUGAUUUCCAAGGUUGGCUUCAAAAUAUUUUUGAACAUCACGCCUACUGUGACGAAUUGGACUAGCGAUAAUAAGCAGUUUUCUCUGGUUUUUGAUGAGAAUCCGCUUGCGGACUUUGUGGAGCUACCGGAUGAUGGACGGGCACAGGAUGAACUAUGGUAUUCAAACAUUCUAUGCGGCGUGCUAAGAGGCGCAUUGGAGAUGGUAAUUGCGCCCCUAAAUAUUCUCCAGCCUAAGCUUGCUCGCAGUUCCACUAAACAGAUGACUAUGAUGCAGGUACAAAUGCAGGUAGAGGCACAUUUUGUGAGUGAUGUUCUACGCGGAAACGAUACGACAGAGAUGCGGGUCUCGCUGGUGAGGUACCUUGAGGACGAAAUGCCGCCUGACGAUGAGUGA